GCAUUAUUAUAUUACCAGAUUGCAGAAUAGUGAUUGAUGGAAAUUUCAAAUCCUCAAUACUGCAAGAAGUCAACUGGUCAAGUAAUAGGGUUAAAUCGAUAAGCCAAGUAAAUCAAAAUUGUAACAUAUGUUGUUUUGGUUUUAUAUGAUUGAAGAUAACUAUUGUUGUGACGGGCGGUAUCCAAAAUCUGAUGUUGAUACACGGUGUGCUACGUGCUAACCUCCCUAACCGACUACUUAAGCAAGGACACAAGAGUCAGCGAGGAAGUGUACUAUACUUCUAAAUAAAAUGUACAAAUACUCUUAUAUAUACCACUCUAACAUUAAUAAAUCGAUCCAUUUCUUAGCCAAUGAAAUUCACUUGUCCCUUAGGUCACUUUUGAUUACCAUAGAUUGACCUAGGCCACUUCUUAUUGGCUCUCCAUAUCAUAUGUCACCUGAUGGCAAGUAAUUACAAAUCCCAAGUUCAACUAGAAAAACGGAAGUCGAUCUGUUUCAAAAUAAAACAAAUAAAAACCAUACCUUUGAAUGAAGAUGUAAUGGAAAUAACUUAUCAAAUGGUGAUGAAAAUUCCGUAAACACAUUGACCAUAACUAAAGAAUACUUAAUCAUAUUAGCUUUGGUCUGUAUGAACAAUUAUCGAUUUUGUUAUCAAGUUUUGAAUCUUUUCCCGAAGCGUUUAGAAUCUUAAGGUCGUGUUUGUAUAAUCCAACCAUCAAAAUAUAUAUUCUUCUUCCUACCUGUUUUUUACUUUAGAUAUAAGUGUUGAAGAUUCUGAGAAGAAUAAAAGUGGUUAUAAAUUCAAUAGCUAAAACUUACCAGAUGCAUAAAAAUGAUUUCUUAAAUAAUAAGACACAAAAACUAUAUCUUAUGUCAGUUUAGGUCUUUAUGGUCUGAUUUGAUGGACUGACAUGUUGCCUGUUUAAAAUGAUCUUAACAUAUGGUAAAUUAUAUAAUUUAUCAUAGGGCUAUAUGGGUCGACCUCAUUAAAAGGAUGUUUUGUUGAAGUGAAUACCAAAAAUAUGGCAUCAGAUCAAUUUGCGAAUCUCAUCGAAAACUGAUCUGAAGCAAAUACUGUAUACAUGUCAGAUAGAACUUUCAGCGGAUUCUAUAUGAAAGGUAUCUUCAGUGAGCUUUUGAAUUUGAGCAACAGGAAUAAUUUUAACUAGUUUAAUGGACACGUAUUUUAAACAUUUUCAAAAAGUUAAUUUUAACUUAAUUGUAUGUUCAUCAAUCAAUAUUAUUUGAAUCAAUACAACAUAGUUCAAUGAAUUUAUAAUCUGAAAAUCAAUGGAAUUGGUUUUUAAAUUUAAUUGUAUGUUUGUGUCAGUAUACGUUUAUGGUGGAACUAGGCAACCAGUAGUUAGUUAUAAAUGCUCAGAUGACAGUGAAUAAGGUCUUGCAUAUUUUCAUUACAUCACACAACACAAGUGAAAUGUUGAUUGGAUAGUUAUUAAAUUUUAAUAGUUGAAUUUAUGAGUCUAUGUAAGCUAGACCACCAUAGAAAACCUGGACGAAACGGCCGUCUAGUGUUUCCAGGAUUUCUAUGGUGGUCUAGCUUACAUCGACUCAUGAAUUCAACUAUUAAAAUCACUACAAUUUCAAUAAAUCCCAUUCUGAUAAAAAGUUAUUUAAUUAUCGCUUUCAUAAAGUCGAUUUUUCAUUACUCUGUCAACAAAAUAGAAAAUAUUUAAACCAUUUAUUGAAAGAUUUCGAUGAGAUAUAUCAGAUAUUUUUAUAUUAAUACUUUGUCUGAAACUUUAAAUGUUUCGAAAUAGUUUAUUAAACAUUUCAAGGUCACAACAUGGAAUAUUUUAAUUCAAACGCACUUUUGUAUCAUGUGAAUAAAUCACUAAAUAAAGAAACAAGAAAUUCAGUGGACCGAUGUGACUGCAGAACAUUUAUGAUUGAUAGUUGUCAUAUGCAUAAAUGUCAAAUAAAAUAUUUGUUCAAUUGUUUGGAUAGCUGUUCAGCUAAUACUGUUUUUUAUAGGUAUCACUUAUUUCGGUGUGGUUCAAUAUUAUUCUAUCAUUAUUAUGUAACUUUGUUAAUCUACAAAAUGUAUAAUGUUAACAUUGAAAGAAUUGCUCAUCAUUUCAUGAUAAACCAAUUCAUAGAAAUAAAUAUAAUGCUUUCAUUUGUUUUAUACUCCCGAAAUAAUACUUAUCUUCAAGGUGAGUUAACUACAUUGAAACUAAAGAUGAUUUUAAGUAACAACAUCAGACAUUCUUAAAUUCUUGCUAGUUUCAGCGAUAGUUGAACGUUAUUAAUGUGUAAACAUCGUUUUUGUUCACUACUAAAUUAUCAUUUAAAAAGUGAUAUUUAUAGUCAGACAUUUAUCAAUUACUUUAUUGUGAACAGUGAUAUGCAUUAGAUGUUUUGUAGUUUGAAAAUACAAUGACAUUAUAGAGAAAUAAUAAUGGAUUGUGAAAAGUAAUAAUGUUCUAUUGAAUUACGUGUAGAAUCUUUUCCAUAAUUAAAGGAUGUUGAGUGAAAGUGAAAUAACCUAUGUAAGAAGUUGGAGCAAGAAAUCCAAAAACUCAAUUUCAAAGAAAUAUCUUUAAUAUGAAUUUGGAAUCUCAAGAUUUUCUGAUGCAUUCAAAAAUCGGCUAAUGAUAGCUAUAAAACAUAACGUUCAAUGCAGCAAAGCUGAAAUUAACGUUUACUAGUAAGAAUUUAUUUUCGAUAUCCGUAAAAGAUAAGCUCCCUCAUCUGGUCGCCUCUAUGCUCAUCUACCUGUUCACAUGCUGUUAUGGAGCAAGGCACAUAGGCCAUAACCUUCGCUUGCUUUCAACUCAGGUACGAAAACAUAUCUCAGUGUGGUCCUACAAUAGUGAAAGAAAUAGCUAUAAGUUCUGUUCUCGAGUGUUUAAUCGAUUUUAAUCACUCCACCAAUCGACAGGUAAAGGAUAAGGUUAAUUAUACAAUUCAUCCAAAUCUAUCAAGAUUUCUUCUCAGCCAACUCCUUGAAACAGAAGAAGCUCUUGUCAUCCAUGAAAUGAAGCCAAAACUGUGUGUACAAAAGAAGUAUGUCUUAUGCUUGUGUUUAACAUGACCUUAAGUUACUAUUGUUUAUUUAUUUUAUUUCUAUUUCAUUGAUUUCAUCUUUGAAAAUAUCCCUCUCUUUAAUUAUUUCCUAUAUCCCAUGAUUUUAAUCAUAAUUGUUUCAGAUAUCACUUCAUUUUAUUCAACCACUCAACUGUUAUUAAUUAUUUGUGACAAAAAUAUUUUAAUUGUUUUGCUCUAUUUGCAUUAUAAUCCGUUUCUAACUUAUUAUUCCUACUAGGCUUUCUAUUUGCACACAGUUUUUUAUUGUUAUUGUUUACACUACAUAAUCUAGUAUUACUACUUUUCUAUUAAGUCAUCAUGUUUAUGGAUUGUUUAUAUUUCCUCACGGAACUAAUACCUAAAAUUUCAUACACAUAUGUAUGAUUAUACAACUUGGUAAUACGUUCGUUGAAAAGAAUCCAUUUCCUGAACUUUAUGUUUUUAAUCAAAAUACAAUUAUUUUUGAGGAUAAAGGAGCUAAUGCUAAGAAAUUUGCAGAUUUUUUAAGCUUAAAUAAAAUAGCUAUCUGACAACUUUAUAGUAGUUGGCAGUUUUUGAUAAAAUAAUGUGAUAUACUUUCAAAGCAAUUAGAGAUCUUACAGUUUUCCCUUGAUAAAUUGACUUAGUGUAUUGAGAAGGGGAAUACUGAAACAUCGUGAAUUAGCCUCAA